AUGAUGUAUACUUUGCAUUUCGUUUUUGCUGUAAUUUUAACAUUGAUAAUCAUUAUUCACGGAGAUGAUAACGUUGUUUAUCCACGUUUUCCUAGACAAGCUGAAUUUACUAUUCAACAUUUGAAACUUGAUGGCCAAGAUAAACGUACAAAUGAAGACUAUAUUUAUGAUUAUGAUAAUAAUUAUCUUAUUAAAAUUAGUGAACACAGCUAUGUCCAUUAUAAUUACACAUCACUUAAAAAAACCGUCUAUUUAAGAAAUACAUUACAACAAUGUACUGUCUAUCCGAUAGAUAUUGAUAAUUCAGCAGAUGGAUUUUCUGGUGUAACAGAUCCAGAUGAUAGUACAACACAUAUUCGACCAUUAAACGAGUUUUUUCUUUUAACAUCAAAUGCAACUUAUUUUGGAGAAAAUAUUCAACGUGGUUCUAUUCAUGUUAAUCAAUGGAUUUCAACGUUAACCAAUGACUCAGAUAUUAUUUGGUCAUUUGCAAAAUCAAAUUAUCCUAUGCCAUGGAAUUCUACGAAUUAUUCUAUACCGAUACAACGUAUUACAAAGCGAAAAAGUGAUGGAUUUAUUUCUGAAAUAUUCAGUAUUUUUAGUUAUAAAACAAAAAUAGUUAAAACUGACAUUCUACCACCUCAAGGAAUUUUCUGUAAUGAUUCCAUUCCAGAAAAUGAACUUAUAAGUUUAACAGAUUUCAAUAUAAAAUUUCCUGAUAAAUUCAGUGUUCGUAUUGAUGCUUCGACAACGGUUCAACAACUUUGGCAUUCAGUGCAUCUUCGUUAUCGUCUGUCACUUGAACGAAAAUUAAUUCGCUAUGAUUAUACACCAUUUGACAAUACUCAAACUCCAAUGACAAUAAUAUUUGAUGAUACAGUAGAUGCACCGCGUGCAUAUAAAAUAGAUCGUCGUACAGGUUCAUGUGUUAUAGAGAAAUUCGCUGCAAUCAAUUCCUUGUUAUCAAUACUACAUAAUCCAAUUGAAUCAUUAAUAAAAUAUGAAAGUUUUCUUAUUUCAAAACCUCCUGACCACUUUUUUCAACAUACUGGCAGUCGUCCAUGUCGUGGAUCAAUUUUAUGUUCAACAUUUAUUGGUCAAAUAUCAUCAUUUCCAUUAGAUUCCGAUGAUAAUUGGUUAUCGACAAAUAUUGAAUGGGGAUGGUCUAAACGUUUUAUUGAUGAUAGUGAAUCUAACUAUGAUUAUCCAGUUUAUCUUAAUUUAAAUUUAUACAAAAAUAUGAAUGAACCACCUGCUAAUGUUCAUUAUGAAUUUUAUGACUAUCGAACCGAUGUACAUCUAGAUGAAUUCGAUGUUAAUCUAUGCUAUCGAUCAAAUCAAUUAUGGUAUGAACAUUUAGCAUUUCAACUCAAAAUUACCAAUCAAACAACAGCAGACGGUAUUGAAAAUACUUCAAUAAAUCGACGAACUCUAGCGGAACAUAUUCGUGCACAAAUGAUUAGUAUUAUGUCAUUAAAAUAUUUACGCAUCUCACAAUUGGAGAUUGAUCAUCAUCCUAAUCAACCAGGUCAUAAUGAUACACUCUAUUGUAUAUUUACUUUACUUGAUCGAACACCGUUUGUUGAUCCGAACUCUGAAAUUGAAUUACUUGAUGCUAAAAAUAAACUUGAAUUCGGUAUUAAUAAUGGUCAAAUGCAGUUUCGUACGGAUGAGGGUUUUAUAAUUGAGGCUAUAUCGGGUUCAUUGGAAAAUAUUCAAUAUUUCUAUGCAUUCAAUCCUAAUAUUAGCAUUAACCAAAUCGAUUAUUUUUCAAAUACAACUGUACAUGUUAAUAGAACAAUUGUAGAAACAAUCGAAGAAGUUUAUGAAAAAGUUACAUAUUCCGAUGGAGCCCAAGCAGGUGCAGUUAUUGGUGGAAUGCUUGUUGGAGUUGUAUUAGGAGCAAUAACUGUUUUUGUUGUUAUACUUAUGAUGAAAAGAAAAGCUGAAGGAUCUCCUAGUGGUGGUCUUACUUUUCGAAAUAUUAGUUUUCGUGUUGGAAAUAAGCGAACACAAGAGACCAUCGCUAUGCAAAAUCCAUUUCAGGAUAUACAAGAAACAACCAAUUAA